AUAUUUCUCCACACUUUCAAUUCAGAUUUAAAUUUUGAAUUUAGGUGGGAGAAAAUUUCUCCUUAAAUCUCUCUCCCAUAUCUUACCCCAAUUUUAAUGGAUAACUACACUCCCCACUUUUUCCUCUCCACCAACGUGAAACCCCUUCCCAUACUUAAGCUUCCUAAAAAUCCUCUUCUUCCAUACUGAUCAGCUCCACUUAAAUCUCUCUCGCAUUUCUCUCUUGUUCCUACUUUUUCUCCAUCAAAUUUCUACUCUUCUUAACGCCAAAACUCCUUCCAUAAUCUGCUUCCUAAAAAUCCUCUUCUUCCUAAUUUCUCUCUUGUUCCUACUUUUUCUCCAACAAAUUUUCACCUCUGUUAAUUAGCGUCAAAGCAAAAGAUAUGCCUUCUUUGCUUGAACCAUCUUCUCUCUCCCGUAGAGAAAAAAGGAACCUAACUGAUCAACAAAGGCGAGAGAUUUUGGAGAUUCUGUUUUCAAAGAGUGCAUCUGGGAAAUUAAAAAGGGGGUGUCUCAAGGAGGUAGCUACAAUGUAUUCCGUCAAUCCGAGGACAGUACGACAAAUUGUGCAGAAAGUAAAUUCUUGUAUUGCCAAGGGAUUGACAGUUGAUGUAUCCCCCAAUUUGCGAGGACGAGUUGGCCGCAAGAGAGUGCAAUUGGACCUCAACAAAAUCGCUGCACUUCCGUACAGCCAACGAACCAAUAUCCGUUCAAUAGCAGAAGCCUUGGAAGUGCCGAGAACGACAAUCCAUCGGCGAGUUAAAGAUGGAGUGAUGAGGCCGCAUACCAAUCCAUUGAAGCCAUGCCUAAGUGAAGAAGAAUUAUCACCUCAAACGCUAGAUAAUGUCUUCUUGACAUUACAAGCUUGUAUGAUUGAGAUCAUGAAGGUUAAUGGGGGAGUUGGUUACAAGGUGCCACAUAUUGGAAAAGGUGGAUUGAUGAGAGAUGGUAACCUGUCUACUCAACUUCAAUGUGACCAUGAUUUGGUGGAAAGUGUUAUGGCUCAUCUACAACAUGGAGGCAAUUGAAGUAUGCUAAUGUUU